AUGAUUGUCAACCCUGAUACUCCCUCUCAUGGCUUGGCCAAUGUGGGCUCUGUCAAUCUUACCCUCAACCACAAUGAGCACAAGCCUAAUAAGUCUUUGGCAGCUUUGUCGGGAUCCAUCUCAAACGUCCACGGAUACGUCCACGGACAUAUCCACAAACACGGAGACCACACACACAUCCAUGGCCACAUCCACUCUCAUGAUAUGGAAACCCACGGUCAUGAGAACGAAACUCCGACUCCAAAACCCGCUUUCACUUCAUAUUCUCAGCAAGAGGCCCCUGAUUCCAACUCUACCUCUCCCGACAUCGAUGAUCCGGAUGAUUGUCCACUUGAUGAGCUCCCAUUGUGUGAGGUGCUAUGUACAGAGUUGGAUGACUGUUAUUAUGUCAACUGUGGUGACGCCACUCCGGUAGAUCCUAAAUCUACAGCAGAAUACACCCAGUCACCCGUGUCUCCGACCUUCGGCCAGGAACACGUGCACGACCAUUUUCAUGACCAUGAUCACAACCUUAACCAGAUUGGUGCCGAGUCCUACAAUGGACCCAACUCGCAUAAUAACAAUCUUUGUUUCAAGAACAAUAAUCGAACUGUGUUUGACCGGAUUUUUGACGAGUUCAACAAGGACGCCAACAAUGGAGAACCACAGAUCAGCCCCAGAAAUAUUCAUUAUCCGCUUGAGGUACACCCGGAAGACAACACCCACAAAGCGUAUUUCCAUACGAAUGUCGCCCAGCAGAACUUGAUCGAUGAGUUUGGCGACUAUGACUUCCACUUCCAUUUUGACAACUCUCAAGAGUUGAACAAUCCUGAUUCGUCAUCAUCAUUACUAGCACCCGGUUCCACCAGUGGGAAUCGUAUUGAAGAGCUUCUGGAUUUAGUUUCAUGUAAAUGGGACAACUGCUCGACGAACCUCAAUAAUGACCGACUCGUUGACCAUAUAUUCAACAACCACCUUCGGGGUCAACAAUUCUCUCAAGAUACCUUAUACAACAACAAGAAUGAUGUAUUCAAUUGUGAAUGGCUCAACUGCAAUGGUUUAUUCAAUGACAAGAACUCGUUCUUGAACCACUUGAAUAUGCACAAGAAUCGACCAUUGACCAACUCUUCCGACAAAAUGACCAAUUCCAUACUCACACCGGAGUCUGUUACCGCUAUCGAGACUACUUCUCCAUUCAAUCUGAAUAUCAACAAUGUUCAAAUUUCCAACCUCGAAAUCAAGCGGCAAGAACCUUCAUUAAGUAACUUUACCUGUUGCUGGGAAACUGGCAACGACGGAAGUGUCCCUACCAAGUGUAAAAAGUCGUUUGAAUCUGCUGGUGAGCUACAGGAGCAUCUAUUAACCGAACAUAUUGGGUCUGGCAGGUCAUCUUAUGAAUGUAAAUGGAUAGGCUGUGAUCGUCACAAUGGAAAAAUGUUCCCCCAAAGACAGAAGCUACUAAGACACAUCCAUAUACAUACAAACUAUAAGCCUUGGAAGUGUAAGGUUUGUAGUGCGUGUUUUGCAGUCGAAUCGAUGCUUGUACAACAUUCAAGAAUCCACUCGGGCGAGAAACCCUUUAUGUGCUCCUUUUGCAGCAAGCGGUUUGCUACGUCUUCAAGUCUUUCGAUCCAUAACAGAGUCCAUACUGGUGAAAAACCUCUUAAGUGCAAGUUUCCUGGAUGCAACAAGAAGUUCAGCGAGUCUUCCAAUUUGACCAAGCACAUGAGAACCCAUAUCAAGCAAUUCCACUGUGAACUAUGUAAUAUCACCUUUGACAAGAAAAUAAGGUAUAUGAAACACAUGUCCACCCACAAUGGAGCAGCCAACAAACUACGUCGCUCCAGUGAUGACUUCCAAUCCAUAAUAGAAGAGUUUAGUUAG